GCUCCGGCUCUCCCACCACAGCCAGACUCAGCCCAGCAUGCUCCCUCUCGACCAGGUCACCUCGCAGCUCGAAUGGCUCCAGAACCUCCAGAUCCCGCCUACGGCGCCCGAGGGCCUCAACCACAAGUCGCUCCGCAAGACCUCGAUCAUCGCGACCAUCGGCCCCAAGACCAACUCGCCCGAGAUGAUCCAGAAGCUCCGCGAGGCCGGCGUCAACGUCGUCCGCAUGAACUUCUCGCACGGCUCGUACGAGUACCACCAGUCGGUCAUCGACAACACCCGCAAGGCUGUUGCCUCGUCUGACGGCCGCCCGGUCGCCAUCGCCCUCGACACUAAGGGCCCCGAGAUCCGCACCGGCAACAUGCUCAACGACGUCGACAUCAAGAUCAAUGCCGGCCACCGCAUGAAGAUCACGACCAACCCGGAGUGGGCGACCAAGUGCGACGACAAGGUCAUGUACCUCGACUACGCCAACAUCACCAACGUCCUCCAGCCGGGCAAGCCCAUCUACGUCGACGACGGCAUCCUGUCCUUCAACGUCAUCUCGGUCGGCAAGGACGAGCUCGAGGUCGAGGCCGUCAACAACGGCACCCUGUCGAGCAAGAAGGGCGUCAACCUCCCUGGCACCGAUGUCGACCUGCCCGCCAUCUCGCAGAAGGACAAGGACGACCUGACGUUCGGUGUCAAGAACGGCGUCGACAUGAUCUUUGCGUCGUUCAUCCGCCGCGGCCAGGACGUGCAGGACAUCCGCGCCCACCUCGGCGAGGCCGGCAAGAACAUCAAGAUCAUCGUCAAGAUCGAGAACCUCCAGGGCGUCGCCAACUUUGACGAGAUCCUGCGCGAGACGGACGGCGUCAUGGUCGCCCGUGGCGACCUCGGUAUCGAGAUCCCGGCGUCGCAGGUCUUCAUGGCCCAGAAGAUGAUGAUCGCCAAGUGCAACCUCGCCGGCAAGCCCGUCAUCUGCGCCACCCAGAUGCUCGAGUCGAUGACCUACAACCCUCGCCCGACCCGCGCCGAGGUUUCGGACGUCGCCAACGCCGUCCUCGACGGCGCCGACUGCGUCAUGCUCUCGGGCGAGACGGCCAAGGGCACGUACCCGAUCCAGGCCGUCGAGAUGAUGGCCGAGACGUGCCUCCUCGCCGAGGCGACCGUCUCGUACGCGUCGCUCUUCAACGAGCUCCGCUCGAUGGCGCAGCGCCCGACGCCGACGUCCGAGACGGUGGCCAUGGCGGCCGUUGCCGCCGCGAUCGAGCAGAACGCGGGCGCCAUCAUCGUCAUGUCGACCUCGGGCGAGACGGCGCGCCUCGUGUCCAAGUACAAGCCCCCUUGCCCCAUCAUCACCGUCACGCGCAACGAGCAGACGUCGCGCCAGGUCCACCUGCACCGCGCCGUCUACCCGAUGUACUUCAACCAGCCGCGCCCCGAGACCAACGAGGGGUGGCAGACCGACGUCGACAACCGCAUCCGCCACUCGUGCCAGCAGGCGCUCAAGCUCGGCAUCGUCCGCAAGGGCGACACGAUUGUCGCGCUCCAGGGAUGGCGCGGCGGCCAGGGCAGCACCAACAGCAUGCGCAUCCUCGCCGUCCCCGAGGAGGAGGACGCCCUCAUCCUUCGCCCGACCGAGAAGUAGAGCGCGAGCGCCGUCGCUCCCCUCUUCCCCCUCCCUUCUCCUUCCCUUCCCGCUUCUCCUUCCUGGUCUCUCCUACUCGCAGUCACCUGGUCGUCGUCCUGUCGUUGAUAGCUCUGUCCCCUUUCCCUCUCGCGUUCCCUCUCUCUCUCUCUUUCUCUCUCUUCCCUCGCAACCUCUCCGCGCACUCAAAACUGCCACUUAGACAAGUUUCGCCCAC